GACCUUGGUGCCCACGUGACUGACAUUAGAUCUUGAACGAACAAGCAGACAGAAGGCAGAGAAUUCUCGUCUUUCCCUUAUUGAUUGCAUCGUAUCGUAGAAAAUACAUGCACGGACGUAGUAGUCGAUCCCCCAAGUACGGUAUGCAACAGUCCCGUAUGUUACAGGGAAAUCCGAAACUGCUUAACGUUAUAAGGGGGCAGAUAUGUAGAUAUCUCUUAGCAAGGGGAUCCCUUUCUCUGUCAUUACUUCACGGUUGUCAAGACUCGCUAACCUUCGGAUGUGAAAAUAAUGAUUACUUGCAAAUCCACCUGAUCAGGCGUGACUUCCCCUCCAGCUUCAUCAAACCCUUCUCCAGCGAUGGACUAUUGGUUCGCAGGUGCAGUAAGAGAACCGGGAGUCCAUGCUCGCCAUGGAACUACUGUGGAGCCGACCCCUUUGCACCUUCCCCACAGUUUGGCUGGUUCCUGGCGUGCCUGACAAACCGAAAAGGACGAUUGUCAGGGGAGGGCGGGGGAUUUGCAGCGAUUGGUUACAAUCAAUCAAAGCCCCAACGGAUCGGACGGCGAUCCUCUUGCAGCUGAAGGAAUUGCGCAAAGCCGCUGACGGGAUUGCUCGACGCCGCCGGCCAUGCCGUUUCGUCUGUUCCGGGGCUGUUAUCAGUCAUUAACUUUUGAAUGACCAGUGUGCCAGCCAUCGCUGAUAGAACUCAGAUGUAUUCGUAUUGAUCACGUCGGUCUCCAGUCUGGCGUCGGCCGCGCUAGGAUAAAACGGGAAAUGUUCUAGAAGCAGGGACGGAAAUGGUUAGGAGUGGCUGCGUCGGCAGGCACGAAGAGCGGCGAGCCUGGAGCGGCAUGUCUCACUGUUUUCGCUGAUUUCAGAUGAGAUGUCCAAAGAACACAAUUCUGUUCAGACCUUCGUCUUCCCAACUGGAUGAUAG